AUGAAUAUUACACGGGUGCAGGACUGCCCAAACGUUUUCCUAUAUCAUAUGGCAAGUUUCCCAAGACGAUUAGUUGAGGUUGAGUUCGUUCACUUUAAUAUUUCGGUAUCCUUCCGCAACGCGAGAUAUGGGCCGAGGAGGGCAAAUGCACACUCUCCUGCUUUUAUGUGGUCCACAGAUCGUGCCCUCGGACGAUAUUUUGUAAAACCUGGCACGUCUAUCCCAAAUAAAGACAGUAAGGGCACCCGUCGAGUGAAAGACAGUCAGCGUUUCUCAUCGUAUCUCGUGCCGUCGGCCCGGAAGCGCGAUCCUGCCGAGCUCUGUGCCGACAUUUUGUAUGCACCUGGAACCACCCCAGAAGGCGCGACUACAUCGAAAAUAGCCUCCUUUCUACUGCCCUUGCAUCUGAAUAAGGAAAGUUUGGGGUUUGGGGCGUGGGAUGCCGCUCAGUUCAUCGACGUGACGGCCGGUGAGAUAACGACCCACCCGGUCUUAUCUUCAUGUCUGUAUCCCCUAACUCUCGCCAUCACCUUUCGUUAA